UGCAAAGAAAGCAUGAGUGCUAUCGUCCUGCUUUCCGUGCUUCUUGCUCUUGCAUUUGGGCAAGCAGCAUCUUUUUGUAUUCCAACUGAAUAUACAAUGUACGUGGAUAGGAGAGAGUGCGCCUAUUGCCUGGCCAUCAACACCACCAUCUGUGCCGGGUAUUGUAUGACAAGGGAUAUCAACGGCAAGCUGUUGCUUUCCAAAUACGCGCUCUCCCAGGAUGUUUGCACAUACAGAGACUUCAUCUACAGAACUGUGGAGAUACCAGGAUGCCCACGCCAUGUUGCUCCUUAUUUCUCCUACCCUGUUGCCAUAAGCUGCCGGUGCGGCAAGUGUAACACUGACUACAGUGACUGUACACACGAGGCCGUCGAGACCAACUACUGCACCAAGCCACAGACAUUCUAUCUGGGGGGAUUUUCCGACUGA